AUGAGAGGCAGGGCGUCUGGCGGACAGCACUACUCAGACUCUCGAGCAAAGGGGAGAAAGGAGAAAGGUGGCCGUGCAGGUGGAGUGGGAGGAUGGACAACGGCAACAUUGAACAGGAUGUCUUCCUUAACCAAAUCGGACUAUCUCUGCAAACAGGGCGAUACCAUCUGCGAGAUCCGUGUGUACGAGCAGGAGGUGAUCGUUGUGCCCAUCCUGCUGCUGACCAUCUUUGUGGUCACAAUGGUCUUUGUGUUCCUGCUGCGGUACUGCCCCGAGCGAGUGGACCGCAUACGACCUGAGAACCUCAAGAAGUCUUUCCGCCCUCAGCGCAACCGACGAGAGCUCAGCGGCAUCGAUGCUCCUCCCAGCUUCAACCCGCUGGAGCACGAGAGCAUUGCUCUGGACUUGCCCAACAGCACCUACUCCACUUUCCAACUGCCCCACACCUACCCUUCAAAGGCGUACGCCUCAUCCAAGAGCCUGCGCGUCCCCGUGGAGACUGUGGCCCCGCCACCAGAGGUUUUCCGGCCCAGCUUCGUGCCCGUGGCUCAGCCCAGGGAGCUUCCGCGGCAGAGGUUACCUGAGAAGUUCAACCUGGUGUCUCCCCUGCCCACUGCCUUCUCCCUGCGCUCAGACUCCUGCAUAAAGCUUUACCGAGCGCAAAUGGAGAACCGGAACGUGGUGCUGCGCGUGCUCAACGACACGGCGGACGCCUCUGAGCGACACUCUUUCCUGGGCUUUGCUUCGUUCCUGGCUCAGCUCGGACCUCACCCUUUCCUCCCGGAGCUGCUGGGGGUGGUGUCACUCAGAGCUCCCCUGGUGACAGUCAUCGAGGAGCUGGAGAACAGGGACCUGCUCAGUGUCUUGUGGAGAUGCAGACAGGAAACUGACCCUCCGUGUGAGAUGACAGAAAGAAGAAUUUACACAAUGGCCACACAAGUGGCCUCAGCACUGGAGUUUUUGCACGGUAAAGACCUGCUCCACGGGAACAUUCGAGCUCGCAGUGUCCUGGUGAGUCAGAGCUACACGGCCAAACUGUGGGGGCUUCAUGGAGUCUACUCCCGCAAGAACCAGAGCACGCAGAGGGACGACCCCAGCAUGAAGAAGUGGCAGUCGCCCGAGUGCUUGGCCAAGAGGCCGGUCAGCCACAGCAGCGACAUUUGGUCAUUUGGAGUCCUGCUGUUUGAAAUGGCGUCUUUAGGAGAAGCUCCGUUUGCUGAAAUCCCUGUGAAUGAACUGAUGCAGUUUCAUCAACGAGGGAAGAGUUUGAAAAAGCCAUUCAACUGCUCCAACAACUUACACUCCAUCAUUAAAAGCUGCUGUCAGUGGAAGGAGAGCGAGCGCCCGUCUCUGUCAGAUCUGAGCCGUAAACUGUCGUCAGUGGAGAAAAGUGCGUCUGACAAAAGCAUGAAGUCUCCAGGAGCCGUGAACAUCGAGCGGUAUCUGCAGGAGGCGGGCUACGGGGAGACCAACAACUACACUGUGUUCUGA